AUGGUGGGCCAACUCAAGGCUCGUAAAGCAGCGGGCCUCAUCUUGAAGUUGGUCCAAGCUGGUCAGAUCGCCGGAAGAGCAGUUUUGAUUGCAGGACCUCCUUCGACAGGAAAAACUGCCAUUGCAAUGGGUUUGUCCCAAAGCUUGGGUAAAGAUGUGCCUUUCACGGCGAUUGCUGGAUCUGAAAUCUUUUCUUUGGACUUGUCCAAGACGGAAUCAUUGACACAAGCUUUCAGAAAGUCUAUUGGAAUCAAGAUUAAAGAGGAGACGGAGAUCAUUGAGGGUGAAGUUGUUGAGAUCCAGAUUGACCGCUCCAUUACCGGCGGCCAUAAGCAAGGUAAGCUUACAAUCAAAACUACUGAUAUGGAAACAAUCUACGAGUUGGGAAACAAGAUGAUUGAAGGAUUGACCAAAGAAAAAGUUUUGGCUGGUGAUGUUAUUUCCAUCGACAAGGCUUCCGGUAAGAUUACCAAGUUGGGAAAAUCAUUCACCAGAGCCAGAGACUACGAUGCAAUGGGACCAGAAACCAAGUUUGUCCAAUGCCCAGAGGGCGAGUUGCAGAAAAGAAAAGAGGUUGUUCACACAGUGUCAUUGCACGAGAUAGAUGUGAUAAAUUCGAGACAACAGGGCUUUUUGGCUUUGUUUUCUGGUGACACUGGCGAAAUCAGAUCUGAGGUUCGUGACCAAAUCAACACUAAAGUUGCGGAAUGGAAAGAAGAGGGUAAGGCGGAAAUUGUUCCUGGUGUUUUAUUCAUAGAUGAGGUUCACAUGUUGGAUAUCGAAUGUUUCUCUUUCAUAAAUCGUGCUUUAGAAGACGAUUUUGCUCCAAUUGUGGUGAUGGCUACAAACCGUGGAGUGUCGCAGACUAGAGGCACAAGCUACAAAUCGCCACACGGAGUGCCUAUGGAUUUGUUGGAUAGAAGUAUCAUCAUCCACACUUCCAACUACUCUGCCGAUGAGGUUAGAACCAUCUUGUCUAUCAGAGCCAAUGAAGAGGAAGUGGAAUUGACUGCGGAUGCUUUAGCCUUGUUGACUAAGAUUGGUCAGGAAACCAGCUUGAGAUAUGCAUCCAAUUUGAUUUCUGUUUCUCAGCAAAUUGCUUCCAAGAGAAGAAGCGCCAAUGUUGAAUUGGUUGAUGUGAAGAGAGCUUAUACAUUGUUCUUGGAUGCUGACCGCUCGGUGCAGUUUGUUACGGAAUACUCCAACAAGUUUAUUGAUGACAAUGGGAAUGUCAUGUUGGGCUCCAACGGCAAGGCUGAAGAUGACAAGAUGCAAACAGACUAG